CUCCCAACUUCCUGUUGAAGUGUAAAUGGAUACAUGACACAGUUGUUUGAAGAAAAGCUCUCUUCAGAAAAACAGUCAACCUCAACAAAAUCAUCGAAGGGAUUUUGACAUCGUUACAACUGACAGCCCCGUGUAAAGUAGGCCGCGAUGGAAGCGGUCCCCCGAAUGCCGAUGAUCUGGCUAGAUCUGAAGGAGGCAGGGGAGUUCCAGUUUGGCUCGUCCGUGAGGCAGUUUAUCUUGAAGAACUAUGGCGAGAAUCCAGACAACUACAAUGAGCAGCUGAAAAAACUGGAAACUUUGCGGCAGAGUGCAGUAAAUGUGACGAGGGAUUUCGAGGGAUGCAGCACCCUAAGGAAGUAUUUCGGCCAGCUGCAUUACCUCCAGAGCCGAGUUCCCAUGGGAACAGGCCAGGAAGCUGCAGUGCCCAUCUCAUGGACAGAAAUUUUUUCUGGAAAAACAGUCACCCAUGAUGACAUCAGCUAUGAGCAGGCAUGCAUUCUCUACAACCUUGGGGCUCUGCACUCCAUGUUGGGAGCUAUGGAUAACAGGGUUUCCGAGGAGGGGAUGAAGGUGUCAUGCACACACUUCCAGUGUUCAGCAGGGGCUUUCUCUUACCUGAGAGACCAUUUCAGCCACAACUUCAGCGUGGACAUGAGCCACCAGAUUCUUAACCUCAACAUCAACCUUAUGCUUGGCCAGGCUCAGGAGUGUCUUCUGGAGAAGUCCAUGUUGGACAACAGGAAGAGUUUUCUGGUUGCGCGCAUCAGUGCUCAGGUGGUGGAUUACUAUAAGGAAGCCUGCAGGGCUCUGGAGAACUCUGAGACAGCUUCCAUGCUGGGAAAGAUCCAGAAAGACUGGAAGAAACUGGUUCAGAUGAAAAUCUACUACUUUGCUUCAAUUGCACAUCUUCAUAUGGGAAAACAGGCAGAGGAGCAGCAAAAGUAUGGAGAACGGUUAGCUUACCUGCAGAGCUCUUUGGACAAACUCACUGAAGCCAUCAAGCUAGCUAAGGGUCAGCCUGACAGCGUGCAAGAAGCCUUGAGAUUCACCAUGGAUGUAAUUGGUGGAAAGUUUAAUUCUGCCAAAAAGGACAACGACUUCAUUUAUCAUGAGACAGUUCCCUCUCUGGAGACUCUAGCCUCAGUAAAAGGUGCUCCACUAGUUAAAGCCUUGCCAGUCAAUCCCACUGACCCCAGUGUCACAGGACCAGACCUGUUUUCCAAACUAGUGCCCAUGGCUGCACAUGAAGCCUCUUCUCUGUACAGUGAGGAGAAAGCUAAACUGCUGAGGGACAUCAUGGCCAAGAUCGACAGCAAGAAUGAGACCUUGGAGCAGUUCAUGGACUCUCUGGGACUGGAGCCAGAAUCUGUUGACAACCUGGACAUGUAUAGCCACAUCCCUCCGGUCCUGAUGGAGAAGUGUGCUGCUCUCAGCGUCCGGCCAGACACUGUCAAGAGCCUCAUUCAGUCCAUGCAGGUGCUCUCAGGUGUCUUCACUGAUGUGGAGUCUUCACUAAAGGAGAUCAGAGACGUCCUAGAGGCAGAUGAAGCUGGUGUGCGAGCCCUCCAGGAUGUUGGUGGCCCUGCUGCAGGCGAUGUGCACCCGGCAGCUCAGGGCCAAGCUUUGGCUGAGAUCCGUAGGGACCUGGAGAAGUACAUGGAGGCCCAUGAGAAGGCCAGUUUCACAAAUACAGAGCUCCACCGGGCUAUGAACCUCCACAUCAGCAACCUGCGCCUGCUUGGGGGGCCACUGGAAAGUCUGAGGGAUGCCUUGCCACGGCCCCAGCUUAGCGAAGAGGAAGUGGCAGGGCUUCAGUGUAUGAAACGGAUCCUGGGAAAGGUUCAGGAGAUGAGGGAACAGAGAGGCUCUUUGGAAAAACAACUCCGUGACCUCAUCCAGCAGGACGACAUCACCUCCACACUCGUCACCACAGACAGAACAGACAUGAAGCGGAUAUUUGAGGAGCAACUAAAGAAGUAUGAACAGGUGAAGGUCUACAUUGACCAGAACCUUGCAGCACAGGAAAACAUCUUAAAGGCCCUGACAGAGGCAAAUGUUCAGUACGCAUCUAUUCGUAAGGGCCUGACCCAGACUGAGCAACAGUGGAACAUCACAGUUCAGGGACUGGUAGGCUCAUAUGAAGCGUAUGAGGACCUGAUGAAGAAAUCACAGGAAGGAAAAGAGUUCUAUGAUGACCUGGAGGCUAAAGCAUCACGUCUGCUGGAGAAAGCAAAGGCCUUGUGCCAGGUCAGGGCAGAGGAGAGGAAGCCCAUCCUGGAAAAAGAGGUCCUAAAGAAGCCCCCUGCACGGCCUACAGCAGCUAAGCCCUCCCUGAAGCCAAAGGCUUCUGAUGCUGAUUCUACCUCUUCUAGCAUAGAGGAUCCAGAGCUGGCCCAGCUCAGUGCAGCCAUCUUGGCCUUGGGGGGUGACCUGCCUGAGGACCUCUGCAGCCUUCCUCCUGAUAUUCCUUCCCUUCCUGUUACUGCAGGUCGUCGGCCUGGUCCUGAAGCCUUUAUUCCACCUGGUGGAAAACUGGGUGCCAGUUCCUCUCUGCCUUGGCCUGGUGCACCAGCUGCUGGUCUUCCUCACUUCCCAGCCAACCUGCCACCUCCAGAGCUUCUAGCACGAAUUGCUCAGUUUCCCACUUCUGGGGCUCUAGCAACACCAGGACCCCUGCCACAUGUGCCCCUCCCUCAGAUGCCUCCACAGAGGCCUCCACAAAUGCCAACGCAACCAAUUGUAUCUGGCUAUCGGCCACCUCAUCCUCAAGCUCCCCAGCCUGGCCCUGUGGGCCCUACCCCAGUCCGGCCCUCAACUACUACUGUGGACAGCAUCCAGGCCCCUAUCACCAGUUACACCCCUACACCACACCACCCCGUCCCACCAGCGGCCUCAACUGGCUACACAGUUCCACAGAUAGGAGCGUACCCCCAUUUUGUGCCCCAACCAGGGUUACAAGUUCAAGGUCCAGGCCAUACACCUGCAUCCCAGCCACAGCUGCAGAAGCUUCCACAACAGUACCCCCAGCCCACUGGUCAACCACUCCCUCAGGGGUACCAGCCUGGUCCAAGGGGUAUCCCUGGCCCUCACCCCCCUCAAGUCUAUCCUCAUGGAUAUAUGGCCCCUCAGCCUGGUGUUCCUUCUGUGUACCAGCAGACAUUUCCAGGUCAGCUACAACCCCAUCAGCAAAAUGGCUUUCAGCCCCACCAUCCAGUGCCCCAAGGCUAUCAGACUACACAAGGUUAUGUACCCCAGCAGCACCCUCAGUUGAUGCCAGGCUCCAUGCCAAGGCCACCUCAGGUUCAGAUGCCUCCUCACACGUCACACCUACCAACACCCCCAACUUCUCAGCCAGCACCUUCUGUAUCGCAAGCAUAUUUGCCCCAUCCCAACCUACAGAUACCCCCUGGACUCGCCCCACACCAACAAAUGUUGCCACAACAACAACAAAUCUCAAUGCCACCAAAUGCCCAGCAGAUUCUGCCACACCCACAGAUACAGAUGCCAGGUGGUCCCAGAGCACAGAUGCCCCCCACAAGUCAGACAAUGCCUCCGAUCUCGCAGAACUACAUUCCUCCCACUAGCCUGCCCAUUCAUCCUACCUUGCGCCCUCAGAUGCCUCCACCGUCACAACCUCAUAUGGCCCCUGGUCCACAGGUUCACCUGCCGAGGGGACCUGUGUCGCAAAUGCCCCCCAGUUCAUUACCCCCACAGCAUCACCCUCUGCCUGGUCAGCUUCCAAUACCAAACAUGCCCCAGCAACCCAUGCAGAUGCCCAGCCAAUCUCAGUCUCACCCUACACAUUCUGGGGGGGUAUGCUAUCCUGGGGUUGCUUCAAUGAUGCCACAGCAACCUCUUGCUCCUCAGCCUGCAGCCCCCCAACAGCCUCAAGUUCCUAUUCCUUUGGCCCCUUCACAACCUUCUCCUAUGUAUCCUUCAGCCCCAGUGACUAGUGUACCCCCAGGUGCCCCGCAACAACCUGCUGUUAUAGGCACACAUGCCCCACCUACUCAGCACAUGAUUCAGCCCUCUCCAGGAGGCCCCACUGCAGCACAACCACCCAACACCAUCCCACCUUCUCCUUCGCCUUCCCCAUCACCAUCUCCCUCUCCAGGUCCUGCCUCCCUGGGUCUAAACUCACAAAGACCCACACCAACCCCCACUCCUGGAGGCACAGCGCCAUCCUCUCUGCCCUCUCCCUCUUCUGUUUCUUCUUCUACUUCUCUAUUUCAGCGGCAGAACUCAAGCACAGAUGACCUCCUCUCUUCCAGCCCAGAGAGCCAGCCUGGAGGCAACAAGGCUCCUACCAAUGUCCUCCAGCCAACCAAGGCUGACCCACAGGAUGGGGAGCGUCGAAAGAAGAGCUCCCAGGGGGUUCUUCUGAUCCAGGGUGACCCAUACCAAGCCCCAGAGCGGGUUGCUCGUCUUCAUGGCGAGUUAGAACGUUACAGGGCUCAAGUAGAUUCCCUAGAGCACCCCUCAGAGAUCGAAGGGGGUCUGUCAGUGCUGGAUGCCCGCUGGAAGGAGCUGCAGGACCAGCAAGAAAAAGAUGCCCGUCAGCUCUCCAUCGCUAUUGCCCGCUGCUACACUAUGAAGAACCGGCACCAAGACGUCAUGCCCUACGACUUCAACCGUGUUGUGCUGCAGUCAGGCAAAGAUGACUACAUCAACGCCAGCUAUGUGGAAGACUUGUCGCCAUACUGCCCACGCCUUAUUGCCACACAGGCUCCGCUCACCGGCACAGCAGCAGACUUCUGGCUCAUGGUGUACGAGCAGAAGGUGUCACUAAUAGUUAUGCUAGUUUCAGAGCAGGAGCUAGAAAAGGGAAAAGUUCUGCGCUACUUCCCAACGGAGCGCGGCCAGCAGCUCUCUCAGGGACUAAUCACACUCAGCCUAACCACACAGAAAACAACACCAACACAUGUAGAGCGCAUGAUUAGUCUGCAGUACCGGGACCAAAGUCUGAAGCGUACUGUUGUUCAUCUUCAGUUUACUUCCUGGCCAGAGCUGGGUCUUCCUGAUAGCAAGAGCAACCUGCUGCGAUUCAUCCAGGAGGUUCAUGGACACUACCUCCACCAGAGGCCCUUACACACACCUGUUGUGGUGCACUGCAUCUCGGGUGUCGGACGCACCGGUGCCUUCUGUCUGCUGUAUGCAGCCCUGCAGGAGCUGGAGGCAGGAAAUGGAAUCCCAGACCUUCCACUUCUGGUGAAGAAGAUGAGACAACAGAGGAAAAACAUGCUACAAGAGAAGCUCCAUCUGAAGUUCUGCUACGAAGCUGUGUUGAAGCAUGCCGAGCAGGUUCUUCAGCGCCAUGGCAUCAUGACUGCCUCCUACAGCAAGAACACCAACUCUGCAGCCACAAAGCCUUACUCGAAACAAGAGUCCCAGCAAGACAUUGUCCUCGGUGGCGAUAUGCCCAUCAGCUCCAUUCAAGCCACCAUUGCUAAGCUUAGCAUCCGCCCGUCCAGCGCUACAGACCCAGCUAUGGAAGCUGGGAUCUCCUAUUUCCCAGAGGAGCAGAUUGGAACUAACUUACCAAGCCUUGACUCAAUGGGUGACAUACAGUUGUUCCAGGACCACUGUCCUCACACAGAUUUUCAGCCCCCUUCCUCCUUCAGCCCACCUUUCAUUUCACCUACCCAGUCUCCUCCACCACCCAAUGGCCUGGAUGGUCUCUCCCCAUCUAUUCCAACACAACCCAACCACCAGAUAGCCUCAGAGGCUGUGCCCAGCGUCAGCCCGCCUCCUGCUUCCUCUGUGCCAGCGCCUUCUUCUCUGGAGCUUCUGGCCUCUCUGACACCUGAGGCCUUCUCCAUGGAUGGAGGAGGUCGGGGGAAGCAGCGAGUGACCAAGCAGAGCUUUCUGCAGCCAGCAGAGGGUCAGGGUCUCCACGGGACCCGGGGCGAUGACACUGAUGACCCGCUCAGUAGCCUGGAUCCCCUCUGGAGCCUCGGCAAGCACUGAGUCAGGUCCACAGGUUGUUGUCCUUCUCUUGCUUUACCACCAGGUGUUAGCAGAGACCUGGAGCUCUUUCUAAUCCUGCUUUUAGGAAAAACACAGAAUUCUUGGAGACAUUUUAGUGGUGUUGAAGACCAAGAUGUGCCUGUUGGCAGAUGGCAGUUGUGUCACUCCCCUUCCCAAUUCCAAAAAAGAACUAGCCCCCAAAAAUACUCUUCCUCCUCCUCCUAUCACUGAUGGCUUCUGGGACCAGAUCUCUAUGCACUUAUCUGUAUCCUUGGUUCCUUCUGUCACUCUUUGCUGCUUUUCUUUGUAUUUUUGGGGACGGAAGCACAUGUACACUUCAGCCCAUUUUCUGCCCAAAGACGAAGAAAAAUCACAGCAUGCACUCCACUUUCACAGCCCCCGUCACAGGUGGGUGUAAAGGCAUCACAAGGCUGUGACAGCACUCGGCUGCUCCUGCAGGGUUCCACGAGCCAUUUAAUGACUAGUUCAAUUGAUGUAUGGAACUUUAGGCAGGGUGCCCCAGAGUCUGUACGUUUAGCUCAAUCAUCAUCAUCAUAACACAGUACAGAAAAAAAAUUAGCACGUUUUAACAACUCGAUUUAUUUUUCUCUCUCUAACACUGUAAAUAUCAAAGUUGGACUAGUCCAACAAUUCUUCUCCUGGAAAUAAAAAUAUAAAAAUACUAACCAUUCAUUGUAAAAAUACUGAAUAAAUCCAGUAGACAGAAACUGUUGUAUCAAAGCCUCUUUAUUUGAAAAUUAGUACAAAGUCUUUUUUGUUUUUUUGGUUACAAAAUGGUAAAUAAGUUACCUCCACUACUACAGCUUGCUGCGAUUGUAGCCAGUCAAAUGGAGAGGAUCGCAUGUCUCCCCCACCAAUCAGUUUUGUGACAGUGGUCUAAAAUUUGCAUGAAAUGAUGCAGAUUUAUUUUUUUACACAUAUUGAUCUACUGUCGGACCAAAACAUGCAUUUCUGCUCAUGUGUUACAGGAAAUGUUCCCUCUU